AUGGAUUUGGUAAAUCACCUCAGCGACCGGCUGCUCUUCGCCGUCCCCAAAAAGGGCCGUCUUCACUCCGCAACUCUCGACCUCCUCUCCGGCAGUGACAUCCAAUUCCACCGACACUCGCGCCUCGACAUCGCGCUCGUCAAGAACCUCCCCAUCGCGCUCGUCUUCCUGCCCGCAGCCGACAUCCCCACAUUCGUCGGCGAAGGCCGCGUCGACCUGGGCAUUACGGGGCGUGACCAGGUUGCCGAGCAUGAAGCGGUGACGCCACCGACGGACACGACGGGCGUGGAGAUGGUAAUGGAUUUGGGGUUUGGGGGGUGCAAGCUGCAGGUGCAGGUCCCGGAAAAGGGGGAAGUGCAGAGGCCUGAGCAGUUGAUUGGGAAGAAUGUGUGUACGAGUUUUGUGAAUCUGGCGGAGGCGUAUUUUAGGGGGUUGGAGGAGGAGGAGGGGAAGGGGGAGGUUAAUGGGAACAGGGAGGAGGGGACAAGGAAGCUGAGGACGAAUAUCAAGUAUGUGGGCGGUAGUGUCGAGGCUGCGUGUGCGUUAGGUGUUGCGGAUGGCAUUGUGGACCUUGUUGAAUCUGGCGAAACUAUGCGCGCUGCAGGCCUCAAAGCAAUCUCCACGGUUGUCGAAAGCACCGCCAUCCUCAUCAAGUCGAAACACCCGAGUGAUCCGAAGAUGGUCGACUUGAUCGCCUCGAGGAUACGCGGCGUUAUAACCGCACAAAAAUACGUCCUCUGCACCUAUAACGUCGAGCGUCACAAACUCGAAGCCGUCUGCGGCAUCACACCCGGCAAGCGGGCCCCGACAAUCAACAGCCUCGAGGAAGACGGCUGGGUCGCCGUCAGUGCAAUGGUGGAGCGGAAACGCAUCGCGCUGGUGAUGGAUGAGCUUGAGGAGGUGGGCGCGUCGGACAUCCUAGUUACGCGGCUUGAGAAUUCGAGAACGAACGGUGUGUAA